GUCGGCCGUAGUACACGCCGAGAGCGCGAGCUGUGUGCGCUGUUGUGUGUAUAUAUAAUACUCACAAGCGGUGCGGCGGCGCGAGCGAGACGACAACAAAAAAGAGAGAGGAGGACGGAUAUAGAGCCCAGUACUAGUAGGAAAGAAAGCCGCUCAUAUAGGUAUAAUAACUCUGCACGAGCUGUGUGUGGUGUACAUACAACCAAGUAUACAGACUCUCGCGGGCGGAGAGAGAGAAAAAAAGAUUAGCCGCGAGAGUGCGAGCGAGAGAACACACGUCAAAAAGUGGGAGUAGUCGCGCGAGGAAAGCCUCUCCGUGCGCGAAACGGGAGAGGAGCAGCCGCGGGACCGAGACGGAAAAGAGAAAAGGAGCUGCUGCUGCUGCUGCUGCUGGCCGAAACGCGAGCAGCCAUAGGCCCCCGAUGUAACGAUCAGUCGACGAGAGGUGAGAGCUUCCCGAAAACUCGACAUUCGACUUGUCCGAGACGAGAAAGAGAGACACACGGACGAAUUUACGAAGAGCAGCAAGACAGAUAGUCUAGGUGCAGUCUGCGUACAAGCAGCUAUCUCUCACGCCCACAUCUACGUACCCGAGAGAGCAAGGAUCUCGACAUCCUACACACGACGUCGCCGUAGAGAUCGUAUCAUGCAGCAGCUCGUCGCCAGGGAAGCGAGCGCAGCGGCUGUUCAGGUCCUUUCCCCGGAGGAGGACGGAGCUGCACCGAGCCACUUCCGCGAAGAUUAGCGCCAGCUGCGGCGAGUCUGCUGCUGCUGCUGAAGGAGGCACCAUCAGGAAGAUGACGCAGCGGUCAUGCGUUCACUAUGGCUUUGAUGUCUGAAGCACACUGGAGCCAAGCUAUGCGGAGUCUCUGGCUGAGCUGUUUGCUCUGGGAGAGCCUCCUACCCAGUCUGGAGGCUCAUCCUCUUGGGCCUACACUUCCACUGGGUACCAAUGAAUCGCUGAGGCACUGGGAACUUCACUGGCUCAAAUACACCAUAGGUUUAUUAGGAAUCAUGGUUACAGCAUUCACAUUAGUAGGCUGUUUGUGCUGUCGUAGGAAUCGUCGGCCAAAGGGUUUUCAGGACUCUGCCGGAAAUAUAAAUAAGGAAUUCAAGGAUGGCAGCUCUAUUGAGAAUGACGUCUCGGUGCCGCAGCUGCAAGGAUUGGAGCUGCAGGUACCAGUCAGCAUCAGUCUCAACGACCGCGUGCAGUUCGAGCCCCUGCCCGUCGAGCGCUUUGUUCCGGAAAUCUGCGUAUCCCCGAGGCCAAAGCCACCGCCACCCUCGCCAUCACUGUUGGACGAGGAAUCCGAGUCAGACAGAUCGACCCUGCGAGACUCCUGUCAUGAAUGGUUCCAGAAGACAGAUCUACACGUACCUCGUGAAAAACUCAAGUACCUGCGAGAGAUGGGUCAUGGAUGGUUUGGGAAAGUUGUCGAGGGUUGUGCCGAAUUGCAGGGCACUAAUCUGGGAAAGACUAAUGUAAAAAAUGGCAACGUCGUCGUAAGGAUACUGACCGAGGAGGCUACCGCUAAAGAGAAAGCCUGGUUCCUCGGCGAGGCGACGCCCUAUUUUAAGCUCCGCCAUCGUAACAUCCUGUCGCUGUUCGGCUCAUGUCUGGAAACUGAUCCGUACCUGCUGCUCUUCGAGUCCUGCCCUUUGGGCGACUUAAAGGGUUUUCUGCGCUCCAAUCGAGACGCUGAGUCGCGACAGGCUCUCGACAAGGAGAACAUGCCCACGCGUAUUGCCAUCGAGGUCGGCGCUGGCCUACGACAUAUGCACGAACACGGGCUCGCCCACACGGAUUUGUCGGCGAGGAACUGUCUUGUCGCUUCAGAUUUGUCCAUCAAGUUGGGCGAUUAUGGGACAGGCGUUGAAAAAUAUCCUGGAGACUAUUAUGUUCUAGGUGACAGAGCACUGCCGAUUAGAUGGUCGGCUCCAGAAUCUGUGGAGUGUACGGAAACGACGAUAGAAACCCGCGAAAUAACUCCGCGUGCCAAUUUGUGGAGUUACGCGGUUUUGUUGUGGGAAAUAGCGAUGUGGGGCGAACGACCAUACAACGAUUUAGAAGAUGAAAAAGUCAUAGAGAUGUUAUUAUCCUCGAAGUCUGGACUAAAACCAGUUGGUUCACAAUUGCUUUUGCAAAACAGUGACAACUGCGCUUCCAAUUUGUUAGAAGCAAUAAAAACUUGCCUUGUUCUUGAACCUGAGAAGAGAUCACCUUUGGAACAGGUAAGACACGUACUUUUAAAAGACCAGCUAGAAGCUGAGACGUCGGAUUUUGAGCAACGAUGGGAAACCUUGCGACCAAACAUCACUCAAAAUCAACCAAGAAGUGCAAGCCUCCAAGAUUUACGAGGCAGUCUUGACUCGGAGCAAUGGCCCAGUCUUACUCAAACAUCGUUCCGGCUUGGGCCCGAGGAGCCCGUAAAGAAUGCACCUGGAGGUUUGGUACGAAGCCGAUACCCGUUCCGCGACUCGGAUUCAGAAACAGAAGAGGAGAGCUGGCGGGGCAGAGUCGAACGCGGUGCAUAUACUGAAAAAGUUAAACAAAAAUCUAAAUCAGUGGCAGAUUUAAUGGUACUAGUACACAUAGAACCUGACUCUGACGCAGACUUGUCGCUGGGGCCCCAGAUGCCUAUGGCAGAAAAAUCUUUGUCAAUGAAGAAAAGACUACCAGCGAGGGGUAGCGAUAGCGAUCUACCAAGUGCUAUCUUUGACGAUCAAUUUGAUCUCGCGCUAAGGAAGCUCAGAGAUCCUCUUGUACCUGGAAACAGCUUGAGAGGGUCAAGAAUAACGCAGAAUACUAACUCUGCGGAGCGGCCCAAAUUGCUGACUUUAACAAUGGACCAAGGCCAAACGCCGAUACUGAGACUGGCCUUUGAGUCUAAAGUGGAGAGUCUUAAAGAAGAGAGUCUCGUAAAAAGUGAAAUAAAAACUUUAAAUAAAGAACCUAAUAUCCAGUCCUCUGAGAAUGAAGGAAUGAAACUUUUGUCAAGGAACGAUUUGAACCAAUCCCCGAUACGAUACAAUGAACAAGUCGCCGCAUCGACGAUCACAUCGAUUUCAAAAGAUGUGACGGGAUCUCAGACUGUUUUGGCUGUGAGCGAGGGAAGCAAUAUAGCGCCUUCUUGUUUUUCUAAUAAUUUUCAAGUAACUGACCUUGACAACGAUGAGGAGGAAAAAGACGAAAAUGAAACUUUAAAAAAUAAUAAUCACGCUGUUAAAGUAAAAUUGAUUGACGUGAAUUCGUGGAACAAUGCUCUUGAUACCGCCCUGGAGCAGAAGUCAGCGGAUUUUAAUAAUUUUACAACGCCCUCGCCGAUACAUAAGAUUGAAUCAACAAACGAAGAAGCCAUCACGCCAUCACCACAGUCGCGCGCAGAGUAUUCGGCCGAAGAUGCCGAAGACGAGUAUUCAAACGCCGAGGAUUUACCUGGAUUGUCGAAACGACACUUGCCGAUAGACGAUGAGGAGGACAGGAAGCGAAUGUCAACUCCUGACGAUGAACGUAGCUCUGACUCUGGCUUCCGUGAUAAAGAGUCUUGCGAAGAAGAGGAGAGUCCGUUAAUUGGUCCGCUGCCAAAUCUCGUUGCCUCGCAAUCCAACACACCAAAGUCUACGACGACUCACGAUAGUGCUGAGGAGGAACAGCUGCGUAUACUCUUCGAGCUGGAUACUAUUCUGGAUGCAGAGUGUUACGGCACGCUGAACGACUCCUUAGAUCCCAGUGUUGAUAAAGCGCUACUACUUCAGGUAUCCGAAGGCUCACCAUCGAACACCAUACAACGAGACACAGAUCUCGAGGCUGAGACGUCUGAGACCGUACAGUCGUCGAGUGAGGCAACGGGCGAAACCGAGCGAGAAAUAGUGCAGAUUGACAAGUCUAGUAGCGACGAGGCGAAUUUAAGCUGCAGCGCCGUUCUCGACUCUCAACCCAUGGAUUCCGAAUGUGGUCCCGUAGAUUCGACUCAUCGGGCGGCUUUAUUAAGCGAAGAUUUAAACAGCAGCGCCUCACACCAUGCUGCUGAGAGCAGUAGUUGGCCCUGUUUAGCUUCAUUAGACAACAACGAGGACGAGGAUAGCUCGACAAUGUCGCUACGUAGCGACAACUCCUACGUGUCCUUCGGUAUGGACGAGGAAUUUGUCGCGGCGAUUCGCAACGAACUACGGGAGAAACUUCCUCAUGCGCAGAUGUCAGUAGUCGAGGCUCAGGAACCCCACGAUGAAGAUGAGCCUUCACUCGUCAGCGAUCUAGAUAGCAAAAAUUGGGAUGACGAAGUUGAGGAAGAACUCGCAGAACGUAGUGGUGCAGUUGACAUAUCUAUUAGGUAUAACACGUAUGGUACGCCUUUGAGUCCAAUCCUGGAAGAACGCGAGAGUGCCGGCAACUCAGAGUCGUUCAACAAUACGAGAGACGAUUCACGAGAUGCUUCAAUAACGUCUAAGGGUGGUAGCAACUCCCUCUCCGAAGACGAUGUUCUUCUCAUAGACACGCAAACGAACCGGGCUACGCUUGUAGAGGGUGGCUCCACGCACUCGCAAGAAUCGCAGGAGCUAUCAAAUCACGACUCGUCCGAAGAUGACAACCGCAACAUCACCAACAUGUAUCACCACCACAACAGACCCUUGUAUCCACUAGACAAGAGGUUCGGCGGCAUUUUGACGGGUGGCACUGGAGCUCCGCUUCCAAGUCCUGAGGACGAGGCCUGCAAGUGGCAACAGCAGAUGUCUGCAUUUCCGAUGCUGCCACCUCAGCUCCAGGACAAUCUCAUGUCAACAAGCUUCGCAAGCGAACAAGAUUGGGAUAGCGAUGAGGAGGACGACGGAGAGGGUCCCAGUGAGUCCAUAGACAACGAAAUUGGCGAUGAAGAUGAUAACGACGACGAUGAUGAUGAUGAUGAUGAUGAAGGCGAAGACGCUGUGAUGGAUGAGGACGAUGACGAUGACGAUGACGAUGAAGAAAACAGUUCGAGCUCUGGAGAAUUUGUUUGGCAGCAAUACGGCGCGGGUACAGCGCAUCUAGAGAGUCAUGAGACUGAAAAUUCAAAGAAAAUCAGCGAGUUGGACGAAGCCGACGAGGCAGAAGAAGAUACGGGUGAAGAAUUCGAGACUGAAGACGAAGUCGAAGAAGAGUUUACACCGUCGGCCUGGGAUGCAACUUUGGCACCCCAUCGAUCGGCCCUCAGAUCACCUGAAAAGGCUCUGAAAACUGGGGAUGAAGUGGAUCAAAAGAAGAGCGUGUGGUUUAAAAAGCAACGUUACCAUUGUGUUUACGAGUAUCCAAAAGAGACGCCGCCUAUCGAAAGUCAAAGUCCCGUGACAUCCGCUUGGGAGCCGACUUCGUAUACAGACUGGGAAGAAAUGAUCGAUAACAUCGAUAGAUUGAAUUUCCAACCAAUGGAUUAUUUUGAGACUAAUAAUGCCAAAGGAGAUGAGGAGUUCUUUGUGAGCAGUUCGAACCGUCCGUUCCAGUUUCAGUCGGGAGAUGGAAAAUGCGUUAGUCAAUUCUUUCCCGGCGCUAGCGGCAGUGGCGCUGCAUCAACGUCCCAAGAAAGUCCGAGCCAGGAAUUCCAGAGCCAGCAAACCGAAGAAGCAGUCUCUGGACAGCAGCAAUCUUUCAGCGAUCGCCAGCAGUUGGGCGAAUUGAGGCACACACGCGAUCGACUAAAAUUGAACCUAGUAAAUCCGUCGUCUUCGUCGAAUGGCAACAACAGGGUCGUGCAAAUGUGCAAUCCGGUGAAGCAGGGUAUUAAAGUGAGCGACGACGACGAUGACGACGACGACAACGAGGAGGAAGAUAAUAUCGACAAAACGAGGUUAAGCGAUGAGAGGCUGCACCAGGACGAAUCUAAAUCGGAUGAGAUAUCUGAAAAAGAAUUGAACCCUCAAUCUGAUUCUUACGUCAAAGAUGCCAAGGUAGAGACAGUUCCUAUUCAGGAAUCGCCCGUUGUUCAGCAGUCUUUAACUCCCGUGAAAUCGUCGCCGUCCGCUGACGAGCAAAGCAGUAGCGAUAAUCUUGAGUCGAAGAGCAAUCGCGAUGAUCUCGAUGUCGAUUAAUGUAGACUAUUGUUUGUGAUUGGCGCGCGGGAAGGAGAAACUUGUAAUUUUUGUCGGUAACAGUGAUUUGGAAACGUGAGCAUCAAUCGGAGUGAUUUUCUAAUACAUAGCUUUGAGCUAAUUUUCUAUGUACUUCCAAUAAUAGUGUACUAGAAAGUGUGACGUGUGUUGUGAAAUUCAUAAUUUAUACAAAGUUUUUGUUGUUUUUUAGUUGUAAUUUGUGGUUCAAAUGAUUGUAGAAUUUUCAUUAUUAUUUUUUUUUUCACGAUUUUUUGUUCAACAGAACUAUUUACUAUCUAAUAAGCAACUUAGUUAAAUAAGUUUGCAAUGUAUAGAAAAUGUAUAUUUUUAUUUGACGCUGGAUCAAUUAGCUGGAAUAUCUUUAUUGAAUGAUUGUUUAAAUUUAAAAUCUUUGUAUUUUUAUACUUUUGAUGCAAAAAGAAAUCAAACAGCAAUUAAUUACAAUCUUUUUUUCCAAGAAGGAAAGAGUUUUAAAAAUGACUGUAAUGCUUCAAUGCCUCACGUUUUCAAUGUACGGUGAAAAUUACAGUAUUUUUCUUGCAUAGGGAAAAAUAUUAGAGUAAAUAAGGUGUUGUCCAUGUUAUAAAAAAAACAAUCUGAUUGGCCAAAGUCCGUCCGAAAGAAUCUCUGCAGGUUUCUUUUGUAUGUACAUAGUGGAGUGCGAUUCGAUAGAAACAGCCAAAUUGGCUAGGUCCACGUGGUGAUAAAGUCAAACUUAGGAUCAUGUCGCACUGAAUUAAUUCGAAUAUAGAAUUGUACAUAUAGUAUGUUUACGUUUACCACACUCACGGUUCAUUAUUUGCACUGAAGGAAAGGUAGUGCCUGAAUCAUCGAAAAUCGUCCUUUUCAUUGAUAUUCGCCCGUUGUUAUAUUGUUCGCGCUUGUCGAGCAAACUUUAUACUUCAUCAGUAGGUUUUUGUUAACUUUUAUGGAUUUAAUAAUCGUGUUUUACAUCUUAAAAUAGCUCUCUACUGUACGAGUAUUAUAAGGAAACGCAAGGAGAGGACAUACUGUACAGCCUAAUGCGUCCCUUCUUGCGUGGCGCCUUUUUCCGUACACUGAUAAAAAUCUUGUUCAUAGCAAACGCUCGAAUUAGUUUUUAUUAAACUGUGCAUGGCACAUCAAACUCUCAUUUUUAAAUAGUUUAUAUAUUAUAUAUUUAUAAAGACGGAAGAUGGGUCCACCGAUUUCGUAGUUUCGCAAUAUUUGCGAAAGGCAAUUUUUAAAUGAUUAACUUUAUCUAUUGUAAUAUGCAAUUACAUUCGUAUCAUGGGCCUAGGUAGAAAACAAAAAAGCUAAUAAUCUUUUUUUAAAAAAAAAGAACUACGAAUUGUAACGAAUACAUCGUCAUCGAUAUUUCAAAGAUUAUGAAAGUUACCGUAUUAAUGAUUUUUCUUAAACGAUAUCUUCUACAAUACUACAAUCUACUCUAGCACUCACUGCAAUCAUUAUUCAUCGUCAUUACAAUCUAUAGUAUACUAUUUGAAUAGAGGACAAUUAAUAUAUUGUUAUAUAUAAAA